CACAAUUAAAAAAAACCAAAACCAUGUCCCAGGGCCAGGAGUCUCGUCACGCAUUUGAUGCAUACAAACACCUCAACAUCACAAUUAACCCCAACGGCUCUUGCACCCGCCACUUCCUCUGGCCGAUAGUUAAACCGGACACAGAUCCCUCACCAGGCAAGCUCGCGGCUUCCAAAGACGUCACCAUUAACCAAGAAACCGGUGUAGCCGUACGUAUAUUCCGACCAACCAAUCUACCAUCCAAUGAUAACGCCGUGGCUCGUCUCCCAAUCAUCCUCCAUUUCCACGGCUCCGGUUGGGUCCUUUACCCGGCCGAUUCCGCCGCGAAUAACCGUGGUUGCUCUCAAAUGGCAAGUGAGCUAACGGUGAUCAUUGUCUCCGUAAACUAUCGUCUAGCUCCUGAACAUAGACUCCCAGCUCAAUACGAUGACGCACUAGACGCCCUUCUUUGGGUCAAACAACAAGCCAUUGACUCAGCCAACGGCGAGCCUUGGCUUAGAGACUACGCCGAUUUCUCAAGGUGCUACAUCUGCGGUUCGAGUAACGGCGCCAACAUCGCUUUCCAAUUAGCACUCAGGUCAUUAGACCGAGACUUAACACCGUUAAAAAUCGACGGUUGCGUGUUCUACCAACCGCUUUUUGGCGGCAAAACGAGGACGAAGUCAGAGCUCAAGAACUUCGACGAUCCUGUAAUGCCGGUGCCAGCUUUUGACGCUAUGUGGGAACUAUCUUUGCCUGUAGGUGUCGAUCGGGAUCAUAGGUACUGUAAUCCGAAAGGUUACUUGCCGCAGAAGGAAAAAGUUGGACGUCUUGGACGAUGUUUGGUGAUCGGUUACGGUGGAGACACGUCGUUGGAUAGGCAACAAGAUUUCUUGAAUCUGUUGGUUACAGCUGGAGUUAGAGUCGAAGCAAGGUUUGACGACGCUGGUUUCCAUGGCAUUGAGCUAGUUGAUCCACGACGAGCCGUCGCUCUUCUUAAUAUGAUCAGAGAUUUUAUCAAUUAAAUUGAUUCUUUUCAAGUUUUUUCAUCUAAUCAUUAUUUUUCUGUAUACAAAACCAUUACAAGAUCUUUGGUUACACUAUGUAUUGGUUA